GAGAGGAAGGAAGGGAAGCCUAGACCACUUGCUACUGCUGAUCUGCAGGUUCACUAUCACCUCAGACUGCUGUGUUGACUGGAACACAGCUGCAGCGGAGAGACAGGGGGGGAAGGGACUUGACUGUCAGUUGGUAGUGGUAGAUGUAACCGUAUUAACACAGACUUGGGGAGGGUGCUGACCUCUGAGGUGCUGGUGGUUAACCUAACUAACAGAAAUUAGAACGAAGACUACAGAGUUUUACUAGAGGAUAACCUAACAGAAAUUAAAACGAAGACUACAGGAUAACCUAACUAACAAAUUAGAACGAAGACUACAGGAUAGCCUAACUAACAGAAAUUAGAACGAAGACUACAGCGUUUUAGGGGAGGAUAACCUAACAGAAAUUAGAACGAAGACUACAGGAUAACCUAACUAACAGAAAUUAGAACGAAGACUACAGCGUUUUAGGGGAGGAUAACCUAACAGAAAUUAGAACAAAGACUACAGUGUUUUAGGGGAGGAUAACCUAACAGAAAUUAGAACGAAGACUACAGGAUAACCUAACUAACAGAAAUUAGAACGAAGACUACAGCGUUUUAGGGGAGGAUAACCUAACAGAAAUUAGAACGAAGACUACAGGAUAACCUAACUAACAGAAAUUAGAACGAAGACUACAGCGUUUUAGGGGAGGAUAACCUAACAGAAAUUAGAACAAAGACUACAGUGUUUUAGGGGAGGAUAACCUAACUAACAGAAUUUAGAAAGACUACAGCGUUUUACUAGAGGAUAACCUAACAGACUUGAGAGAGGACGUAGGCUACACUCAGGUGAAGGUCAAGAACUGUUUGAUUGCCUCACAGAGGGAGAGGAUGGAGGUUGUUUUCAAGGAGGGGAUGCUCUACGUUAAGGGGAACAAGUUUGGAAAGAAAACGUGGAGGAAGACGUGGAUCGUUCUCUACCCCACUAGCAUUUUCGGCAUCGGUCGAGUCGAAUUCCACGACAUCCUUGACGGAGGCCACACAACCACCAAGUCCAAAUCCACCCAGUGUAGGAGGAUUGUUCAGCUGUGUGACUGCCUCAGUGUUACCCUGGUCCCAGAGGAGAGCUUCGCUCCAGCACUACCUAAUGAUGACUGUAGAGCGUUCGACCUGAACACCACACAAAGAAGAUACAUCCUGGCCUCAGAGAACUACCAUGACUGGGUGGGGGCUCUCUGCCAACUAGCCUUCCAGAAAGAGCCUGGACACACAGAGACCAGAGAGAAGGAGAGAGGAGGUGGGAUGGGGAUACCCAUGGAGGAGAAUGAGCUGUAUGCUACCUGGAAGACAGCCCAAUACCAGGUGACAGUUAAGACCAAUGAGGCGUCGAGGAGAUGUCAGCUGACAGGAAGUUACCUCCUCUUGCCAGAACGAGAUGCCAUAUUGCUCCAGGACCUCCAGACUGGUGUGACCGUCAACUGCUGGCCCUACCACCUGCUACGACGCUUCGGACAGGUCAAGGGGGGCUUCAGCAUCGAGGCGGGCCGUCGCUGUAGCUCGGGAGAGGGUCAAUUCACCUUCAUGUCUAAGCACGCUCCUCAGAUCUACAAGGCCAUGGAAGAUGCUCUUACUCUGCACAGAGAGAUGGAGAAUGAAGACACCAAGACCUCUAUCCAGUCUCCUAGCAACUCAUCGUCUCCUCAACUUCCUCAUUCUUCCACCUCUACUCACCUUCCACAUAACUCAUCGUCUCCUCAACUUCCUCAUUCUUCCACCUCUACUCACCCUCCACGUAACUCAUCGUCUCCUCAACUUCCUCAUUCUUCCACCUCUACUCACCCUCCACGUAACUCAUCGUCUCCUCAGCUUCCUCAUUCUUCCACCUCUACUCACCCUCCUAUCAAACACAAAGUCCACACCCGCACCGACCUAUCAGACAGACCCACUGCCCCUCCUCUACCAAUGAGAAACAACCUCUUACACAGCCCUCCAAUCAUAUCUCCUGCUACUGAACAGGUUCCGGGGUCUGAGCCAAUGGCUGACUUUGAUUGUGAUCUGUAUGCCACUAUAGAGGACCACCUCCUCCCCAGAAUGAAGCACCCGCCAGCCCCACUCAGGAUGCAGCACAGCCUGCAUCUCUAUGAGGAGGAAGAGGAGGAGGAGAGGUGUCACUCCCUGGAUACCGUUGACCUGAACAAACUGAGGCUGGGGGUGGGGCUGGGGGAGGGGCUGGGGGAGGGUUCUCCUUAUUACAACCUGAGAAGGGGUAUUACUGGGAGGGCAGAGGAGGAGAGGUGUCACUCCCUGGAUACCGUCGACCUGAACAAACUGGGGCUGGGGGUGGGGGUGGGGGUGGGGGUGGGGCUGGGGGUGGGGCUGGGGGUGGGGCUGGGGGAGGGGCUGGGGGUGGGGCUGGGGGAGGGGCUGGGGGAGGGGUCUCCUUAUUACAACCUGAGAAGGGGUAUUACUGGGAGGGCAGAGGAGGAGGAGGAGGAGAGAGAGAGGGAGAGUAUGGUGGGUAGCUCACAGUGUAUCUAUGCUUUAGUGAACAAGCCCUCUGAGACCCAACCACUGUCUCUGGCCUGGUCCCUGCCUCAACCCCAAACCCAGUCCCGGUCUAUGCCAAACCUCUCCCGCCUGCAGGCCCAGGCCCAGCUACAGGGGGAAGAAGAGAUGGGCUCGAGGGGCUCCAUCACCCCCAACCAGGACCCUAUCAGCUUUAAACAGAAGCUCUCUGACAUCCUGGGUAAGGAUCUGGCUAAGUUCCAGCAGCCCCUACCCCCCCUGGCCACAGUGACACCAAGAGGCAGCGAAUACUAA